GCUAAAGCGUGUCUACAUUGAGUAAACCGCGACGACCACGCCUUGGUUUUGUCUCCACGUCAACGAAGACAAAUUUUCUUACAAAAAAUUGAAAAGGAAGGGAAAAUCAUCACAUUUCGUUUCUCAGCAGAUCCAUCCAAAGAAGCAGAACAUGGCGAACAAUCACAAGAACAGCAACAACAACGACAACGACAACGGCGCCGUUGAUUCUGAGUCGACUCCUCUUUUGGAGAGGCAGGUGGUAGAAGAAGCCAAGAAUGAGAAGAAGUCGAGCGUUGACAGAUAUUCUCCAGCUGGGAGAUCUGAAUCUGUGGCGCCGGAAUUCGGUGUGUACGGUUGGACCGCGAAUGGGAUGCCUUUGGCUCACGGGAGUGUGAUGGGGGAGCCCAUGGGCCGUACCCAGUGGGACUCUUCUCUCUGCUGUUGCCUUGGUCGCAAUGAUGAAUUUUGCAGCAGCGAUCUUGAAGUUUGUCUUCUUGGAUGCAUGGCGCCAUGUGUGCUGUAUGGAGGCAAUGUGGAGAGGCUUGGUUCUGCUCCUGGGACCUUUGCAAAUCACUGUGUGUCUUACGCUGGUCUCUGCCUGAUUGAAAAAUUCUUCUUUGGUUCGAAUUUCCUGGCUCCUUGGUUUUCAUAUCCUAGCCGUACAGCUAUUCGCAGGAAGUUUAACCUGGAGGGUAGCUUUGAAGCACUUCACAGGUCAUGUGGGUGUUGCGGAAGCUGUGUGGAAGAUGACAUGCAACGUGAGCAAUGUGAGUCAGCUUGUGAUUUUGCAAGUCAUUUCUUCUGUCACCCAUGUGCUCUUUGCCAAGAAGGUCGUGAGCUUCGUCGAAGGUUGCCUCAUCCUGGGUUCAAUGCUGAGCCUGUGUUGGUUAUGAUUCCUCCAGGGGAACAGAGCAUGGGUCGUGGAGCCUGAGGACACUCUUACUUGUCAUCGUGACCCAACUCGCCAUGAAGGAUUUCUAUCAUGUCUAUAUAUAUAUUUUAAUGGGGUGUGGCAUAGUACAAUUAUGUUAUUGCCUUACUUGUAUCCUAGUGGUUUGAUCGACCUAGUAUAAAUAAUAUGUGAUGCAUUUGCAGAGACUUUGAUUAUGUUGUGUUUGUUAUCGUGUUGCUGAGAGACUUGUAUUCACACUAUUAAUGUUAUGGUGAAAGUGCAUAUCUUGGGUUUCUUAGCCAUCA